CCUCCUCAAGCCCUUUGUGUGUUUAUGUGUGCAUGCUGAGAAACCCGGUGACGGAUGCUGAGCUUAUAAAUCUUCUCUUUUUCAUUGUUUCGUUGGGUUUUUUUUUAAUAACACGGAUACAUUUUAUUCAUCAAAAACAGCUUCUGCUGGAUGUAUGGAAGCCUGCAGGUGAGAAUAAGGCGGACCGGGUGAGCGCGUGUGAGUCUCACCUCUCCACAGCCAGGAUCCGGAUUGCAAGAGGAGCCUGUUACCAGGAGCAAGUGCGGCAAAAUUGGGACUUUUCCACCAUCAGCAUCCCUCCUCUCCUCUCCUCGCCUCAUCCCUGCUCCUCCUGUGGCCACGCCACCUCCCCUCUUCCCUCCCUCCCUCCCUCGCUUCUCUCUGUCUCCUUCUUCCGUGAUCCCAGAAUAGCCUCGCACCCCUUCUCCCCGGUGGAGUGUUUGGAAUCUCGGGGUGACUCGAGGGAAGCUGGAGGAUGGAUUAGCAGAGGCGGCGCAACGGCAAAACUGGAGCAGCACGCGCGACCACGCCGGGGGGGAAGGGGGCGACGGGACUCGGUGAAUUCACGGAGCCCCCGGGACAGAGGUUGCGACUGGUCCCACCCCAAGAUGACGUCUCCCAAAACCAAAGCCAAGAAGAAAGCACCCAAAGACAGCAUGACUCUGCUGCCAUGUUUUUAUUUUGUGGAGCUCCCCAUUGUCCUGUCCUCCUUGGUGUCGCUGUACUUCCUGGAGUUGACAGAUGUCCUUUCCCCGGCGAUGGUGGGCUUCCGUUGCUAUGACCGCGACCUCUCCAUGCCUUACGUAGAGACUGGAGAUGAGCUCAUCCCUCUGCUGAUGCUGCUGAGUUUGGCGUUUGCCGGCCCAGCCGCUUCCAUCAUGUUGGGGGAGGCGGUGAUGUACUGCAUGCAGUCCAAACUGAAGACCUGCCCCAAGUCGGAGGGCAGCAUAAACGCCGGAGGCUGCAGCUUCAACUCGUUCCUGCGCAGGACCGUGCGCUUUGUGGGUGUUCAUGUGUUCGGUCUCCUGGCAACAGCCCUGGUGACAGAUGUCAUCCAGUUGGCUACCGGCUAUCACGCCCCUUUCUUCCUCACCGUGUGCCAGCCCAAUUACACGGCUCCGGGGGUGUCAUGUGACAACAACGCCUACAUCACGCAAGACAUAUGCAUGGGGAAAGACCAAUAUGCAAUCAUGUCGGGACGGAAAACCUUUCCAUCCCAGCAUGCUACGCUGUCUGGCUUCGCGGCUGUAUAUAUCUCUAUGUACUUCAAUACCAGCAUCAAUAGCACAACUAAGCUGCUGAAGCCCCUGCUGGUGUUCGCCUUCUGCAUGGCUGCAGGCCUCGCUGGCCUGACUCAGAUAACGCAGCACCGCAGUCACCCGAUAGACGUCUACGUGGGGUACCUCAUAGGAGCUGGCAUCGGAGUCUACCUGGCUGUGUACGCUGUGGGAAAUUUUAAAGCAUCAGAGGAAGAUUCUCCCACUUUGCAGCGGCUAACGUCGGUUCAUCACAAGGACGGGCUUAGGGUGUUGACCCAGCGGGGCCACGAUUCCCUGUACAGGAAGACUCCCAGGGUGUCAGAGAGCAGGGAGGAGCUGGGGGCCGGGUUGGGGUCCGGAGCCCGCAGUAAGGUGAGGAGGGACAAGGCGUCCCUGGCUUCGCUGAAACGAGCCAGCGCCGAUGUGGAGCUCCUGGCAACGCGUGGCCCCAUGGGCAAGGAAACCAUGGUAACCUUCAGCAACACCUUACCCAGAGUCGCAAAUGGCAACAGCCCCAUCUCCCCCUCUGACGAGCCAGUCGUCACGCAGCGCCACAUGACCUUCCACGUGCCCUUCGACCCCCAGAGGUCCCGGCAGCUGGUGUCCGAGUGGAAGCAGCGCUCGCUGGAGCUCCGCAGCCAGAGCUCGAGAGACGAAGAUGAGGGAGAGAACGAGAGGGACAGAGGAAGCGGCGGAGGGGCGGAAGCAGGGGAAGGAGAGAGCAGGGGCAUGCCGUCGUCUCUUUACCCGACGGUGCAGGCCAGCAACGUUACCGCCACGCCGGCAACGGCAAGGAUGGCCGUGGCACCACCCCUGGUUCAUAUCCCUGAAGAGGCCUCGCGGCCUCCACCCGUUUCUCCAAAGAGUGCCAAAACGAGAGCCAAGUGGUUGUCACUCACAGAGGGAGGAAGUGUGAAAGAGCCUGGAUCCGGACCCAUCGCGGUGUCGACUCCCAGGGUUCCCAAUAUGCAGCCCAACCAGCCUCCCAGCCAGCAAAGAGUCACUCAGGUCAUAGCCAUGUCAAAGCAGCAGGGUCACGGAGGAAACACUUCGUCGGCCAAGACGUCAGAAGGGGGUUCAUCCUCUGGCGGUGGCUCCAACUGCUCUGAAUCGCCGUACUACCGCAUCCCGUCCGAUCGAGACAGCUGCACCGGCAGCAACCCGGGGAGUGUCGGCGGCAGCGGGAGCAUCGUCACCAUCGACGCUCACGCCCCCCACCACCCGGUGGUGCGCGUGUCAGCCAGCAACGGCAAGCCGUGGGAGUGGAGGAACACCAUCAGCGGCAACAUGAUGAGUGUCGACGCGUCGGGCGACAAGCACCGCAUAGCUCUGCAGCGGCAGGACAAUGUCUGCCACUACAGGGACUACCGGACGCUGCCGGGGAAAACAGACUCGCUUGGCUCUUCCACGACCAGCGGGAGUGCAGAGGUGGGGGUGGGGCUGGGAGUGGAGCUGCCCCCACCACCUCUUCCCACGGCCACCUCCCCUCUUCCUCCUCCGCCUCAGUUGUCUUCCUCCCCUCUUCCACCACCUCCAUCUCCUUCCCCGUUGCCCCCGCCUCCACACUCAGGCCCUACUCCCAUGCCUCCACCUCCUCCUCAUUCUAGCUCCCCUCACAUGCCCCCACCCCCUCACCCGUCUUCCUCCCAAAUGCCCCCGCCUCCUCAACCGUCCUCCUUGCAAAUGCCCCCGCCUCCUCACCAUUCCUCCUCACACAUGCAUCCUCACCCUUUUUCCAACCAGAUGCCUCCACCUCCUCACCCAUCUUCCUCUCCCCUACCUCCUCCUCCUCUUCCCUCCUCGUCCAUGCCUCCCCCGCCCCACCCUUCCCACUCCGGCAUGCUUCCCCCUCCGCCCCACCCUGACCUGCUGAUGGAUGGCCACGGCCAGGCCCUAUCCCGCUCCUCCACCUUGCCCCGCCGGCCCUCCGUGUCGUCCCGCAGCCACGCCGAGCAGGAGCACUACUACAAGGCCAUGCAGAAUGAGAGGAUGUUAUAGUCGGGGAGAGGCGGGGACGACAACAGACAUCAUCUCAACAUUAGGAGAUCGUACUUGAAAUGACAGAACUGAAGGAGGCGUUACAAGAAACCAGGCUGCAACAGGUCAGCAGAGAUUUCCGACUUCUGAAAAACGACGAAAAGGUUUGGAGCCACUGAGGGCGCCGGGGACUGUAAGGAGGUCUAAAAAAACUCAGCGGGGUGGCUGUUUUUCCUCGUCUCUCCCGCUUAUCCUGCCACAGCACCAGCCGAGACUGAGACGAGAAAAGAGAGAAUGAAGGAAUACAAGACGGAGAGGAAAAAAAAAAAAGAGUUGAAGCUUGCUUGUGCUUUUGCCUCCGGUUUUGUUAGCAUCUCUGGAGUUUCUUUAAGGGCGGGUUGAAAAGAAGGAGCUGAGAAAGAGAUAUCACAAUGGAUGGUGAGGGAUUUGCUAAAUCAAGUUCCCCUAGGGAGGAGACUGAGAAAACAACUACAGGCAAUGCAUGCUCAUCUGAAACCAGAGCAGCCAUUUGAGGUUUUCCUGUGAUCUCUUUUUAUCCAGCUGAAACACUCUUGUUCCAAUGCACCAUACAGCAGAGAAUAUGGUCAAUUCAGCAAAUUUAAUCACAAAUUUAGGAGUAUUAACUACAGCUCACAAAGGCUUGAAAGUGAGGGCAUUGUCUUUUCGAUGCCAAGCAGGUGUAUCUGCAUGCACCAGAGAUGCUCGACUUAGGAAGAAGAGGUGAGUAUAAAUAGGAUAAUGCUCCACUGGGCAACCUCCUAUACGGACGUCACUGAAUGGAUUAUGGCCGUGAACAUUAGAGGCAGUGGAAUGGAAAGAGAAUCGCUUCUAAAAUGAAAAGUUCAGCAGGAGCACUCGGCACAAAGCGGGGGCUCACGGUGGGACUUUUCAGCGAGCGAAACCCACCACGGAUUGAAGAUCGAAGCCGAAACAGGGAACGUAGACGAGUGUUUUGUUUAUGAACCCAUGCCAGCUCAACCGCGUCCCCCGUUGAAGUGUAAAAGUCGCUCCAGCCAGCGACGCUGACCUUCCUAUCCUAUUGCAUCGUGUAAGUUUCAUAGAUCAACACGGACACACUUUUCAAAACAGUUCCUGAGUUAUCUGUUUGUAAAAUAUUUUUUUAGGUAUAUUGUCCAGGAGAGCUCUUCAGGAAUACUCAAAUGUGUUAAAUUUACAACUUUAUCAAAACUGGACUGUUGUCAACUGUCAUUCAGCCUUAUUUUGAAAAAAGUCUGUUAGCUAUACUGUGAAAGUCCUUUUUUUUUUCCUUCUGUCACGGGUACUCUUAGUAUAUUCGGUGUCCCUGGUUACCGUUGUGAUUUCCCACAUUUUCUGGGUAGCAGCAUGCGACUUUCUUGCUUAGAGCCAAGUAAAAUGAUACAUGACAGAAACGUCUAAUAAAAUGGCUGCUGUUUUAGCGAUAGGGAAGGUUUUGAAACCAUAAAAAGCAGCAGGGUCUGGUGCUCAAUUUUCAGUAUUUCUACUUUUGUAGAAGCGACGCCGAUGUAAAUAUGCCUUCAAUACAAGACAUAACGAGAAGUAUCUCUCUCAAAUAACGUUGGUCGAUGGACGAAAUCCUUUGAUCUACUGGAGCUCUGGGGGGGGAUUUGACAGAAAACUGCCAAAUUCCUCCAAUGGCAGAACCACUGCCUGAAAGUAGACACAUUUUCCUGCGCUGCUGCAGAAAAGGACGUGUGUCGGUUAAGGUCUGUGGUUGUAAGGCCGGGUUAAGAGGAAUAUUUAAAUUGAAAUUUCUGAGCUUCUUUGGCGCAGAGAGAAUUUAAUAAUGUAAGAGAGAUCUCUUUCUCAAAGCAUUGUCUGAUUAAAAUGAGAAAUUUGUGUAAGACAUGUAGAAUUAAGUUUACUUGUUUAUCUUGAAGUUAAAUCAUGAUACUAAGUGGAAUGAUUGCUGUUUGUACUGCUGAGAUUGAUGGGUAAAAUAGCUAUUUAGCUUUCGACGCAGCAGAACUAAAAUAACUAAUUAACAGAUAUUUCCUGAAAAUACUUCAAAUGUAUUCAUUUUGGCCCUCAUCAAAUAUUAAGCGACAUGAUCACCGUGUUAGGCCUUCAAAGACCCAAAAUAUUAACAUUUAAAAAAAAAAAAAUAUUUGAAAGCUCUAAACAAAACUUAAGGUAACGCUAAAGGUUUAGCUCGUCAAUACUUUUUUUGUUUGCCAUUAACAAGAUUAUUUUUGUGUUCCUGGCAACCAUCUAGUUUUAGCCAUUAGUUCUUGUAAUACACUUAAUUACAAGACAAAAAGUAAAUACUCAUACAAACUAACACAGAAAAAUUUCUAGUUAUGUUGUUGUAGGGCAAGAACAAAUAUUUAAAGUUUUUUUAUUAGUUAAAAAAAAAAUCAAAUGAUUAAGAAAUUCUGUAAUUUAUUUUGUCAGUUGCACAAUAAACAGUGUAAAUGAAUGGACCCUUGGUAAAGACGUGUCGCAAUGCAGUAGCAGAAUCUCGCACUGAAAAUUAAAAUUCGAAAUCCAAAGUUACACAUACAUGUACGUCGGUCACCACUCCUAACAUCUUUCCCAUGUUUAAUGGAGCUAAUGUUACUCCCAUCAAACCAAAGAAUGGGCAGGUCCCAGUUAAAGUCUUACAAUUGCGCAAACUCCACAAGUUUAUGCUAGAAAUGAUAACCCUUUCCUGGCAUUCCCCCCCCCCCAAAUAUCAAUCUGACUUCUGGAUGGCAUCUAAUAGGUGAUGUGUCACAUCAUAUUUACAUUUCACAGAAACAGGAAGUUAUGGAUUUUUAAUAAAAGGCUCCUAGAAAGUCUGACCAGUUUGGGAAAAAUACAUCAGUGGUUAUUUUACAGGAAUUGUUUGGGUUCUAAUCACCGUCUUACUCAUGAUUCCCCCCACCCCACUGAAGAAUUGGGUUCAUACUAAAUAUUGACAUUGUCUCAAGUUUUCACUGUGAGAUUAUUCUACUGCAGUAAAAUAUUUAUUUAUCUUAAGGCAUAUCUUUACCACAGAGUGCUAGUAAGUAUGACACAUGUCCUCCGCCUAUAAGAAAAGGAAGAUUUGCACAACCUCUUGGUGCUCCUACACACCUUUUUGUCCGUUUACAUAUUGUAUAAAGUUUUUCCGGGGUUUUUUUUUCCAGACAGAAGAUAUCUCAUUUAAUCACACGUGGUUCAUUUUGGCCACUAAUUUGAUUGUACGUUUUCAAAGCAGAGACUCGACGACGGGCGACAUCGCUGCCCACCUGUUCUCCCCCAAAUAAACCCAAGAGGUGAAUAGACUGGUUUUGUAAAGUUGUCCUAGGAAGAGGUUCUGUUAAAUGGAAGAAGUUGUUUGUGUUUUUUUAGAGGUGCUUCUCAGACGAGGAGCUGGUAGUUAAGUUGCCUGUCACUUUGUGCUGCAUGUGUGUAAGAGUGUGUGUGUGUGUGUUUUCUUUUUUUUUUUUUUUUACGUUAGUACUUAAACCUUUUUGAAAGAAUAAUCCUCUGGUGAACAUGCUACAGCUUUGAGCCCAGUUUGACUGUAAGAUAUUUGAAAUGACUUAAUAUUAUUAAUACUAUUAUUAUUUAAAAGUCCUCUUUUAUGGGCUGAUGUUUUCUAUCUGUGGUGAUGUGUAACAUUGAUAACUUUGUUGAAUAAAAAAAUAAUAACGUCUGCUUAACUGAGGGCUGAUCUCGUGGUGCUUGAAAACAAUGCGUGGAGUUCAUGAGGCAGCGCUCAAAAUAGCGAGUGAGGUCGAUGCCACGGCGGCGUUUACCGCCACCCUGAUGAAAAGGAUCUUCCGCAUCGAUUCUUAGGUUAAGAGAACUUUCUUCCUCAUCCCACACUUGAACACACACAAAUGUGUGUACCAAACGUGGAAGAAGCACAUUUGCAGUGCAGCAUUUCUCUCUCUCUCUCUCUCUGCACGGUCUAGUGUCAAGUUUCUGAAAUGAAAUCCUCUACGUUGUCGGUCGGUCCUAAGUGAAUUGUCUAGAAUAAAACAAAUAUUGUCUGAGGUUUCUUGAUGUU